GGCGUCUCCAUCUGCUCCAAGACAAGAAGCAUGGCCGGAAGCAAGCGUAGAAAAGGGGUUCCAAGAUUGUCAGUGGUGCUUACGUAAACCAUCAAAAAAUACCAGCCCCCCACGACCUAGGCCGUCAACUGAAUCGUGUCACGAACUCCAUUUCGAGUCCGUCGUGUCACGCAACAUCAUUGUCCCGCAGCCCGCGUUGCAAGCUUCAACAAUGUCAAGCAAGAACGAUGACAUCGAUAGCAUACUUGCUGCCGUGCCUCAUCUAAGUCGUGGCCCUGGUGGUGUCGUCGCCGUCGUCAAAGAUGGCAAGCUACUUGGACAGCGCGCUUGGGGCUAUGCCGACUUGGACCGUCGCAUACCAAUGACAAGCAAAACGCAGUUUCCCAUUUGUUCAAUCUCCAAGCAGAUGGUGUGCUUGGUCAUGGUGUCGUUGCUGAAGCGACCAUCUCCUGUCAUGACCGGGCGCAGUCGUGAUGCUGCAGAGCAGUUUGAAGAUGAGCUGCAAAGACUGCUACCGAACCUCGCGUGCGAUGGCGAUAGUGGUGUUACUGUACUUGAUCUGUGCAAUAUGCAGUCAGGUAUUCGUGAUUAUUGGGCAUUAACCACCCUCUGGGGCGCUCGUCCUGAUGGUCAAUUUUCCUUGCUACACGACGCACCAAAAUCCCUGGACCGAAUCAAGAGCUAUCAUUUCGGUCCUGGUACCGAAUACAGUUACUCCAACGUCAACUUCCACGUACUUGGACGCAUCCUGGAGAAUGUAUCCGGCAUGUCACUUGCCCAGUUGCUUGCUGAGAGACUGUUCAUACCUGCAGGUAUGACUACUGCUAGUCUCUGUCCCAAUACGAAUGGUCUUCCUCUUCCAAUCGUUGGCUACGAAGGCAACGAGAAGGUCGGAUACUUCGCUGCAAGCAACAGAAUCGAGUGGGCUGGCGAUGCUGGAAUUGCUGCCUCGCUUGAGGACAUGAUCGCUUACGAGAUGUAUCUAGACCGGAGUCUCUCGGAUCCUGAGAGCUUGUAUGCGCAGACAUCGGUCCAGCAAAAGUACAGGGACGGCUCACUCGCAGCAUAUGGCUACGGUCUUGCUCGACUCAAGGUCGCAGGCAAGUCAGCCAUAGCUCAUGGUGGCGCGCUUCGUGGUUUCCGUCACAUGAGAAUGCAGCUUCCUGAAGAGCGUCUUUCCUUCGUCAUCAUGCAUAAUUUUGAGACAGCGCCGGGGGCUCCCGCCGAGUAUGUCGUCAAGAAAGUUCUCGACAUCAGUGUACCUGAGAAGCAGAUAAUCAACGUCUCUACAGCGUGGGAGGGUAAGUACCUCGACGAAGAGACUCAGCUGUAUAUCGCAAUCGAAGACGGCGACCGAGAGAAGCCUGGAACCAUUUCUGUCAACUAUGGACCAGGCAAUGCAGGAGAGACUGCCAGGUUGGUAUCUGAAUUGGAAGCGGAGUCUGAUGGUAUGCAUCUCACACUCGAGGGUGAAAUUCUCCAUGUCAAGAGGACAUCCGACCACAGGGUCUUGAAGGCUGCGCGUCUCGAGCCUGUCGACAGAGAAGAUCUUGGACAAUCCUCCAGCCAAGACAUAGUUGGAAGAUACAGAAGCGAUGACUGUGACAGCGUCUUCACCGUGACUGGAGAGCGCGGUGCUCUUUAUGGCUCCUUCGAUGGCUUCCUCGGACAAGGCCCGAUCUGGUUGAUGCGACAAAUUGGUAAGCAAGGAGUGUGGGCGUUGGGAAAUCCAAGGGGGUUGGACGCAACACCUCCAGGAGACUGGACAGUCGUGUUCAAGGAUGGAAAAGACGAUGGAAUCAAGGGUUGUACUGUUGGCUGUUGGUUGGCUCGCAAUGUCAAAUUCGUCAAGGAGAAGUAAAGAAAAGCUUCUUACAUAGUGUAUCACCAACAGCCCGGCGUGUGAUCGAGAUCACUGUAGUGAGCGUCAAGUUGCAAUAUGCACUGUAUAUUGUAAAUAUACGACAUCGUUGCGCUUCUUUCGGGAGACGACUCCUUUGAUCAAAACGCAUGUGUUGAAUAAGACGUAAUCGAGGGGGCUUGUGGUCUCACUUGGAUUCUGGGGUCACCACCUGCGUCCAAAGCUACGGCCCGUGACUGGAAUAGACUCUCGACUACGCGCCACAUUCUCAGUAUACGCAAUUUUACUGUCGCCAAAGCAACUGGAUGUUGAAAGCACAUCGAUUAUCGGGACAGGGUCAUCAGCGCAGGAUUAGAUAAGAUGCUGUUAUUGCGCUGACUGCACCAAGCCGCAAAAGUAGACCAAAAGUCUGGUAACGAAUUGUCGCGCAAUUCGUCUACUGUGCAAUUGAUAUACGUUG